AUGAAUGAUGAAAGUGAAUUAGUACUAGUAAUGCUAAGCUAUAUUAUGGAGUCGCAAUCAACUGUUCUAAAAUAUAGACAGUUAUGUUGGAAUGUAUUACAAUAUAAAAGAAAAACAAAUUUAAGAAUACUAAAGUUGUUGUUGAGUCGUCAAAGUCAUAUAAGGUUGCAGAAUCCUAUAGAUACGAUUAUAAAAGAUUAUGUAGACAGUGAUUUCCAUUCUCUUUUUCGAAUGAUGCGUCAAACAUUUUUUAAACUUGUACAGAUCUGCUUAAAAGAAUGUAAUUUAACUAAAAAAUACUCUGGAGGAAAUCAACCUUUGUCUGUUGAAAAAAAAAUUCUCUUAACAUUAUGGUACCUAGCAAAAGAAGGUUCAAUGGGCUCAGUAGCAGAGGUUUUUAAUGUGGCAAGAUCUACUGUAAAGUGUGUUACCAGAGAUGUAAUUUUAGAAUUAUGUAAACUGUCUCCAAAAUUUAUAGCGUGGCCUAGUAAAGAAGAUGCUCUCAUUUUAGCUAAAAACUUUCAGUCCAGAUCUGAUUUUCCAGAUGUUAUUGGUGCAAUCGAUGGUUCACAUUUCUGUAUAAAAGCCCCUUUAGAUCAACAGGAUUGUUAUACUGACCGAAAAUUAAACAAAUCUAUUAUCAUGCAAGCUAUUUGUACUUCAAACUUCUUGUUUACCAAUGUCAAUAUUGGUUACCCAGGCCGUCUUCUUGAUGCAAGAGUUUUUUCGAAUAGUGAUGUUUUCAAAAAAAUUGAAACUGAAGGACCUAAAAGCCUAUUUUAUGGAAAGUAUCAUUUACUUGGUGAUCUAGCAUAUACCAAUACAAGUUGGCUUAUUACACCUUUUAAGGACUAUGGAAAUUUAACUAUAAGACAUAGAAAAUUUAAUACUAAACUAAGCAAGACCAGAGUUGCGAUUGAAAACACUUUUGGCUUAUUGAAGGGACGAUGGCGAAGAUUACUUUUCAUUGAUACUAAUAACAUAAAAAUGGCAUCAAUUAUUAUAUUAGCUACUUACACUACUUGUGUUCUACAUAAUUUUUGUUUGCUUAACGACGAUUUUUUAGAUACCUUCAUAAGGGACGAAAAUGAUAUGGUGAACACACAUCAACGAGUUGAAACAAGACGAGUAGAAAUAAGGACAGGAGAAGAAAAACGAAGAGAUCUUCUUAAUUUAUUGAUUCAAUAA